AUGAAAGUUUUGGAGCAAAAUACCUAUAGCUAUCUCGCUCUUGCUUAUGCCCAUUUUAGUGAUUAUAAAAAUGCCGUUGUCUACUACAACCUACUUCUUACCGUUGCUGAAAGCUUAGAGGACAAGCGUGAGGAAGGAAUCGCGUAUGCAGGUCUUGGUAACACUUGGUUCCGCCUUGGUGAUUUCAGAAAGUCCCUGGAUUAUUACAAAUGUGCCCUGAGCAAUGCCGAAGAUCUGACAGACAAGUUAAAAAUAGCCAUUGCCUAUGGAGGACUAGGAAAUGCUUCCCAAGCUCUUGGACAUACUGAAACCGCGAUCAGCUACCUUGAACUAAGUCUUGACUACGCAAAAGAUAUAGGAAACAAAAUUGAGAUGGGAAAAACAUACAGCACUCUUGGCUAUAUUUUUAACAGCCUUGGUGACUUCAAGAAGUCCAUAGAAUAUCAUAACAGACACCUUGAUAUUGCAAAAGAAGUCGGAGACGUGGUCGGACAAAGUGAGGCAUAUGGUGGUCUUGGCAAUGCUUUUGACAGUCUCGGGGAUUUCGAAAAGGCCAUUGGUUACCAUGGCCAACAACUUGGUAUUGCUAAAAAAGCUGGAGACAAAGUUGGUGAGGCAGUUGCAAAUGCAAAUCUUGGCAACGCUUAUUUCAGCCUUAAUAACUUCAAGAAAGCCCUCCACCACUAUGAGCAGCACCUUCGCAUUGCUUUAGAGUUGGGCGAUAAGGCUGGGGAAGGAGGUGCAUAUCUUCAUCUCGGCGAAAUUUGUGAAACUUUUAACAACUACACGAAAGCCAAGAAUUACUACAACCGUUGCCUCCUUAUUGCUGAAGAUUUGGGAGACAAGGCUAGGACAGGGUAUGCCUGUGGCGGUUUAGGUGGGGUUUUCCUGCAUUUUGGAAAUUGGGAAAAAGCUGAAGAAUUUUACGAAAAAAAGCUUAGAAUUUUUGAAGAACUUGGAAACAAACGCCAUGUAGCUCUUGCUCACCAUGGUCUUGGCCAAUGCUUUGAGUUAAUGGGACGUCUGCCCAUAGCAGUCGAAAAUUACCAAUCGAGCGUUAACGUGUUAAAUGAAAUAAGGCUUCUCCAGUCGGAAGAUCAAUGGAAGAUUGGUUUUCGCAACGAAUAUAACAUUGCGUACAUACGUCUCUGGGGAUGUUUGUUAAAACAAGAAAAGAUUGGUGAAGCUCUGGCUGCUGCCGAAGAAGGUCGGGCCCAAUCACUGGCUGAUCUUAUGAUUUCGCAAUAUGGUUUACAAAAAUGUCAAUACAGAGGAAAACGACUAGAAGAACAGGAAUUUGGCAUGUUAAACCGCACUUCAUCAAGCCGCAUAUUCUUAGCUGUAAACGUACUCGAAAACAAAGUAAAUAUCUGGUUACUCUUUAAAGAGAAACCUGUUGUUCACCGGGAGAAGACACUCCGCCAUCAUUUUGUAAAGAAUGCAGUUGAAACAUUGCAGUCCUUAAUUCAAUUUGCCUACAAAAACAUUGGUGUUCGUGCUAAUGUUAACUGUGAGAAUCGGUCUUUAGAUGUGUUACGCAAAAGCUCCUCUGCUGUGGAGCGGUCAUCCAAAAAGAGCUCACAGCCCAUUCCCCAAGAAGGUAUUGACCCCUUGUCUGCCUUGUACAGCUAUGUGAUUGCACCGACAUUAGAUCUGAUUCAUGGUGAUGAAAUAAUCAUUGUCCCAGAUGGUCCAUUGUGGCUUGCUCCUUUUGCUGCAUUGCUGAAUCCUUUUUCCAAAUACCUGUGUGAAUCCUUCAAAGUCAGAUUAAUUCCUUCACUGACAAGUUUGAAAAUUAUUGCUCAUUGUCCAGAAUUCCACAGCAGUAGUGGAGCUCUAGUAGUAGGAGAUCCAGACAUGAGUGAAGUUACCAACAGCCUAGGAGAUCCGAUCCUGGAGCAGCUUCGUUUUGCCAGACAAGAAGCACAGAUGAUCGGGCAGAUUCUUAAUACGGCACCUCUCACUGGAAAAUUAGCCACCAAAUGUGAAGUGCUAAAACAGAUUAGUUCGGUUGCGGUAAUACACAUUGCUGCACAUGGGUGCAUGGAAACUGGAGAAAUCGCCUUGAGCCCGAAUCCUAAACGGAGAUCACAGAUCCCUGCAGAAGAAGAUUACAUCUUGACAAUGUCCGACGUCAUGAGUGUGAAGUUGCGAGCCAAGCUGGUAGUUCUCAGUUGCUGUUACAGUGGUCGAGGAGAGAUCAAAGCUGAAGGCGUGGUAGGUAUUGCUCGUGUCUUUAUGGGUGCUGGUGCUCGUUCUGUUCUGGUAACGCUUUGGGCCAUAGAUGACGAGGCCACGUUGGAGUUCAUGAAAAACUUCUACCACAACCUUGUUGAAGGGCGAAGUGCGAGCGAGUCCGUUAACCACGCCAUGAAAUUUCUCAAAGAAUCUGAGAAGUUCAGCGAUGUAAAAUACUGGGCACCUUUUACACUUAUUGGCGAUGAUGUCACUCUCUCGACAAACAACAAGAAAUCAGACGCUCCCAGAGAAACUCAAGAGACAGAUAGAUGA